AUGAGCUCCUCGAAAACCCUCACGCCGCCGCUCGACGAAGGCUCGCCGCAGCUCAAGUUCUAUAGAAUGGAGCGUCCGACGGGACAGCUCUUCGAGCUCAAGGAGAUGCAGAAGCAGCAGCUGACGGGACUCGACGAGGCGGACGAGGUCCCUCCACCCCCUGGCCCCCCUCCAAUGGCUCCUCCCCCUCCUCCCCCUCCCCCGCCCCCUUUUGAGAGCGCUGAGCGCGGGCUGCGAGAAUUCAACUACAACGGACGAGACAUCAAACCCCGCAACAGCGAACGCAGCUCGGGCGCCCUCGGCCGGCAUCGUGUCAGCUCCUACUCUAUCUACUCCGACUAUUCGUCUCAUCCCUCUUCGGACGAUGGUCGCCGUGGUGACGAUAGAGAACGUCGUGAUGCCGUGAACACGGGCGGCGGUGGUGGGGGCGGAGGGAGUGUGCCGCAGGUCCAACAUGUCGAGCAUCCGCCAAGACGGAAUCUGAGUAUGAGGGCUGCGCCGCCGACGCAUUCGAGAAGCACUUCCGGUAACAGUCGCAGCAGCGGCCGGGGUGGCGGCUUGGUCGUCUCGCAGCCGCCGCCGACCUAUGCGCCCUCCCGGGAGUUGUACAAUCGUGUGCGAUUCGCAGAACAGGAGCGCAUCCGCCGGGAGGAGUCGAGGGCACCGGGGCCGCGGCGCAUCGAGAUGGUCGACGUCGUGGGCGGUCCCAGU